UUGUUCUUGCUGCAAGUAUUACGUUUCCAACUCAUCACGAGGCUUAACUAUAAUGGUUGCUGUUUUAGGUUCGAUGUAGCCUGUCAAUAACGGGAAGUAGAUUGAUGGAAAAAGAAUUGUAAUCAAAAUCAUCAAGUGGUACUUAAAGCUAAGCAGCAUGCAUGGUGUAUUGAAAGUAAAGACGACAGCUGAACAGGAAGCAGAGAGAAAAAAGGAAAGAGCAGAGAAAGCUGAAAAAUUUAAGACUCUAACUGAGGAAAUUUUUAAUAAGAGAAAAAAUGAAGAGCUUGAUGAUGAACUUUUGAAGCUUACAGAAAAACUCCUUGGUUCAAAUCCAGACUUCUCUACCAUGUGGAACAUAAGGAAAGAAAUAUUUCUAAAAAUUAAGCAGCAGAGGUCUGAUGAUGAAAUGAAUGAAUUAUUUCUUCAUGAACUUAAAUUCUUGCAAAGCUGCUUGCAUGUUAAUCCAAAAUCAUAUGGUGUUUGGGAACACAGAAGGUUUGCACUACAAAAUAUGCCUAGUCCAGACUGGAAGAGAGACUUGAUGUUAUGCAAUAAGUUUUUGUCAAUGGAUUCUAGAAACUUUCACUGCUGGGAUUACCGUCGCUUUGUUGUCAAAAAUGCUAAUGUAUCAAGCAAAGAAGAAUUUGAUUUUACUACCAAAAAGAUUUCUGAAAAUUUUUCAAAUUAUUCUGCUUGGCACAACAGAGCAAAGUUGCUGCCACUUGUUCACCCUGAUCCACAAUGUAAGGGAAAAGUUGAAGAGACUGCUUUGUUGAGGGAAUUUGGACUUGUCCAAAAUGCUUUCUUCACUGACCCAAACGACCAAAGUGCUUGGUUUUAUCAAAGAUGGCUCCUUGGAAGAGAGGAACAAAAGCUAGAUAUUUUGUACAUAGGAAUUAAAACAACAAGCGACGGUUUGAGGCUGGUUGUUAGUCUUUCCAAAAAAGUCCAACUCAACUCACAAGCAACCAUUGAUAUCUUCAUUAAUGACGAGAAGUUCGAUAAUCUAACAUGGUCAUCAAGUUCCCAGAAGCAAAGCCCUUCGCAUGUUUGGAUAUCCUUUUCAGCAACAAAAAUUUCAUUCUCCAAUGCAGUUAUUUUAAUGGUGAAGACCACCAACAUUAAAAAAAAUUUGGAGGAUUCUGAAAGCAGGGUUAUAGUGGAAAUAGGUAAUGGCAUGAAAAAAGAAUGCACUCUUAAGCAAGGUGAAAAUGAAGCUUCGUGGAGUUGGCACCUUGAAGAAUCACAUCUUAUGUUUAGGGAUAACCAUACUGCUGCCAAAGCUGACGUGUUGAAUAAUGAGCUUGAAUCUUGCAAAAUGCUCCUCGAAGAAGAAUCUGAGAAUAAAUGGGUUAUGUUAACUGUUGUAUUUUUGAUGAGGGCACUGAACCCAGAAAAGUAUAGCGAUGAAACUGAAUCGCUCCUAAAAAGACUUGUAGACUGUGAUGGCAUGAGAAGAGAAUACUAUCGAGACUUGCGAAGCAAAUAUCAAAUCGAAGAUGAAAUACGGAGGAUGAAGAGAGCAAAGGAUGAUUUUCAAACACUGAAUCUUGAAGAAAAGGAAUUGACUGCAUUAUACCAUUUGGAAUAUCUAACAUCUGUAAACACCAUCAAUCUUUCAUCAAACAAGAUGACGUCAUUACACAAUGUUCACAUGCUUCAAAAUUUGACGCAAAUAAACCUAGAUGCAAACGAAGUUGAUUGCUUGGACGGAUUUUCCUUGGUACCUCACCUGAGAGACCUGUCUCUCAAAGGAAACAAAAUAGCAAAACUGGAAGAAUUGCAAAAAUUGAGAGAUGCACCGUCUCUUAAGCAGCUUUGUUUGGUAGAUAACCCUGUUUCCAGAUCACCACUUGCAGAAACUGAACAAGACUUCUUAUCAAAACUAAAUAUGGUAGAUUUAAAGUUGAGUUGAUUACUAAGAGAUUGUUUCUAAAAAUUUCAGUAUAUA